UUGAUCAGUGGAAAGAUAUGAUACCGGACCUUAGUGAAUAUAAAUGGAUUGUGCCUGACAUUGUGUGGGAAAUUGAUGAGUAUAUCGAUUUUGAGAAAAUUAGAAAAGCCCUUCCUAAUUCAGAAGACCUUGUAAAGUUAGCACCAGACUUUGACAAGAUUGUUGAAAGCCUCAGCUUAUUGAAGGACUUUUUUACCUCAGGUCACAAAUUGGUUAGUGAAGUCAUAGGAGCUUCUGACCUACUUCUCUUGUUAGGUUCUCCGGGAGAAACGGCGUUUAGAGCAACAGAUCAUGGAUCUGAAAGUGACAAGCAUUUUAGAAAGGUAAGUUUAAAAGAGAAUUGUUCAUGUAGGUAGUUUUGAAAGAUUUUUUAAAGUUUUUACUUCU